AUGGCCGAGUUGCUGAAAGAUCAGAAGAUCAUGCAGUUCGACGGAAAGAGCGGGAAAGAAGUCGAUGCCCAAUCUCAUCUACAAGGCAAGGUGGUCGGCUUGUACUUCUCCGCCCAUUGGUGUCCUCCGUGCAAGACGUUCACACCGAUCUUAAAAGACUUCUACGAUGAAGUGGGCAACGACAAUUUCGAAAUCGUGUUUGUAAGCCUUGACCACAAUGAGCCAGACCUGAUGACUUACCUGUCAGAAGCUCAUGGCCACUGGUGCUACUUUCCUGUCGGAGACCCUAAUAUCAAGAAGCUCUCUGACAAAUACAAAGUUACCGGUAUUCCAACAUUGGUUAUAAUCAAGCCAAACGGUGACGUGAUCACCAGCACAGCUCGAACUAUC